UUUGACAAUUCACUUGUUGAAACCCCCUGAACAUGGCACCAUGCCCGCUGUGGACUACCAUAGCUCCCCCUGGGUGGGGCUACCAUGAAGUCUCGCAGCUGCAGCGCGUCUUUUGCCAGCCGAAAUCUCAGCUUGGACGGGGCGAGCAGUUCAACAUUCAUGGCAUCCAGUCCUCUUAUCAGAUUUGAGCAUUGGCAGCCCUGGAUGAUUCCUACCCAAAAACGGACUCUAGUUUGCGCUUUACUUUUCGAAUCCCUUCUAAAUUCCAGCCAUAUUUGAUGCGCCCUCUCUCCUUGUCGUGGCGGUCUCUUCGCACGUAUGCGACUGACCGAAAAUCUCGAAUCGGUCCCGUGCUGAGCCUGGAGCAUUUCGUCCAACGGGCACGCGCACUCGCCUUCUACCGCUCCAUCCUCCGCAGCACGCGCCACAUCGCCGACCCCCAAACCCGCGCCGAGACGCGCAAGUUUGUGCGGGACGAGUUUGAGCGGCAUCGAGGCGUCACGGAUAUUGACCAUAUCCGCUACCUCUUGUCGACAGGCAAGACGGAAUGGGAGAGCAUGGAGAGGUAUAUUAACGGCUUGUAG